UUCACACAUACACAAGCGCCACUAAACUCCCUGUACACACACAGGGCAGGACAGAGCCACAGGGACCUGCUGUUGGAUUUAGGCAGACCACAUCACCAGCCUACAGUUAAACUCCAUCCGGACUUCAAGAGUGGAGCACAGUGUCGGGGCCCGGCCCUCAGUGUUCACAGUGUACAUGUUGGAUGUUGUGUGUGUGUGUGUGUUUUUGGCUCUCUCAAAGUGGAUUUUGCGUGACAGAUUGCAAUGAUCGUGGCCUGAAAUGAUCGUGGAGAUUGUGGAGUGCAGAAAGGAGGGAACAGAGGAGGGAGAGCGUGAACGAGGGACAGAGACGGAGCGAAGGAUGAAUUGGUAGAAGUGAAGCCGUACAACGAGCUGGAGGCUGACAGAAGGAGAGGAAAAAAAGAGAUUCAGGAAGAGAGAGACAGGGAGGGCGGGAAAGAGAGAGAGCGAGAGGAGGAGGGAGGACAGAGGAGACAGAGGAGCCCAACCCUCUAGCUGUAACAGUUUGUGUGUUAGGGGGGGUUGACAGACACAGUGGCUUUGUGUCCUGCUGAACACCACUGGACAGGACACUGCUGUGCUGGAAGAGGAGAGGCACUGUCAGUUAGUCUGUCAGUCGCUCUGUCAGUCAGUCAGUCAGACCGUCUGUCUGUCUGUAGGGAAAUUAGACCUCUCUGCUACCACUCUGGCGUACAUCUGCUCUCCAGGACUUCUUUAAUAUCAUUUCAGGGCCUAGGACGCCCCACCACGGCAUGGGUGCACCCCCCAGUGUGUGUGUGUGUGCCUUGGAAAGCUCCUUCACAUCCUUGGAGGUCAGGAGUUUGAGACUGUGAUGUGGAACUAAAAGCAUGCAUCUUGGAGACGUGCCAGCAUCAGGAUGGAGAGGAAAACCGAGGAGAACAGGGGACUAGACUGAACUGAAUUGGUUGGAACUAUGGGGAUUUUGUUUUUUCAGGGAUGAUCUUGGUCCAUCUGAAGAGCUACUCAGCCCUCUUGGCUUCUGCUUUCACUGAUUGGUUUAUCUCAAUGGAAGAAUGACUUGGCCAAAGAGGAUGCAGGUGUUACACUGACACCUGUGUUGUUUACUGGAAAAUAGCGUGUUUGUGCGAUAGUGUCAAGACUUUGCCCCCUCCUGUGUGUGGCCCAUGUUGGCAUCGGGUCGGCCCGUGUUGGGUAAUCUCUGUGCCCCCAUGCCCGCGGCUAUACCCCCCUACCCUGCUCUACCAGCUAGGUCAGAGUGGUGCUUCCAGAAUCCCGUAGGGGUGGACUGUAGUGCCGCCGAGCCUCGCUGUAUCUGGUUGGCAGUGCUGCGUGGUGCCCCCUUGCCCUCGCCCCCUACCAUGAGGCCAGUCCCAGUCAGCAGCCGUGCCCAGCAACGUUCUCACCAGCCCAGGGCGAAGGGGUGGAGAGAUGGGCUCUCCUCGGCCGGUGACAACCCUCGGCCUGCGAUGGGGGCGGGAGGAGAGGGGGUCGGCGUUGGCUGGCAGGGUCCCCGGACGCUACUACUCCAGAAGAACACACAGGGCUUCGGCUUCACGCUGCGACACUUUAUCGUCUACCCACCAGAGUCUGCCCUGCACACCAGCCUCAAGGACGAGGAGAACGGGAAUGGAAAGGGGAGAAGUAGGUUGGAGCCAAUGGACACCAUAUUUGUCAAGAAUGUGAGAGAGCGAGGUCCCGCUCACCAGGCUGGCCUGUGUACAGGGGAUCGGCUGGUAAAGGUGAAUGGAGAGAGUGUCCUGGGGAAAACCUACUCCCAGGUGAUUGCCCUCAUACAGAACAGUGAGAGUGUGUUGGAGGUCUCUAUAAUGCCAAAAGAUGAAGACGUUCUGCAGCUGGUAAGUGCAUACUCCCAGGAUGCCUACCUGAGGGGCAACGAGCCUUACACAGGGGGAGCCCGGAACCUUCCGGUACCCCCGCCCCUCUGCUACGCUCCCCGCGCCAAGUCCCAGCCUCCCUCUGGGGCCCCGGCCCCCAUGGGCCAGAACCAGCUGGACAACUGGAGCCGCUGGGCAGGCUCCGCCAGCCCUUUGUCCCCCCUGGACAACCGCUCCACCGUGGGCAGCCCGGCUAGCUGGCAGGAGGGGCGGGGCGGACACAGUAGCCCCCCCCACAGGACAGAGGAGAUCCAGUAUGGUGUGACAGGGCAGCAGCCUACGGGACAGACCAGGGGCCGCUCCUACUCCUCAUCUUCCUCCUCUGGAGGGCCUCUCAGCAGCCCUCUGCGUGUCCACUACGUCAACCACAAUGUCACCGCCACCACCGCCUCCUCUCAGCCCCGGAAGGGCAGCCAGGCCUGGGCCAGCCCUCUCCAGCCCAGCCCCAGCCGCAGCCAUCACUGCCAACAGGCCCUGUCUGAGUGGUACUACAGCCAAGCUGCUGAGCAGCGCCAGGGCCGCAGUGGCAGCAUGCACCAACGCCACCGCAGCUAUUCUCAGGACAGGCUGUGUGAGACAGGCUCCGGGCGCCACCGACGGGGUCCGGGAGGCUGGCCCCACAGCGCCUCCCAGGACACCCUGAUGCUACUGCAACAAUCAGGCCCCGGACCCCACGGGGACCCUUCUUGGACCUACGGAGACUGGGAGGGGGCCCGGGACCAGAGCCACCCCUCCUCCUACGGCAGCAGAGCCCGGUCGGAGAACCUGCUGGUACAGUACGACCGCUAUGGCCGUUCGAUGGAGAUGCUGGAGUCGCCCCGUUUCGAGAGGCCCGCCUGGCUGCAGCAGGCCUCACAGCAAGCACCCAGAACUGAGGCCUAUCAGAGGCAGGGGAACCAUUCCGGUGUCGCGCCGGCCCCCUCUAUGGGCCGACAAGCACAGCCGCACCACAAAACCCAAUCACAGUCCCACCCACAUACCCAGCCCCAGCCCCAACAGCCAGCCCACCAGAGCAGACGUCUGCCCACCGGACAGAGCCUGGACGACCAGCCAGUAGGUUACCGCAGCUACAGCCCCUCCUUCAACCGCAAGACAGGCCGCAUCAUGCAGCAACCCUCCUUCAGGGACCCCUCCUACCUUGGCCCCCAUCUCAGCUGGGCCCCCACCCCCAAAACCAGCCCCCCUGAAGGUGUUGUCCCCUCAGUUCCAUCCCCUCUGGCCUCCACCACCCCUGAGCCCCUUGACAAGGCCUACCGCCCCACCAACCAUGAGAGAGGGGCAGUGGAAGGCCAGGUGGAGGUUGUAGCUCAGACCCAGGAGGUCAAACUGAGACAGAAACCCCCCACGGGGCGAAGGAGCGCCCACGCCAUGCGCCACCCCCACUACACCCUGCCUGUAGAUGGCACGGAACCUCCUGUGUUCCCCCCUGACCCCCACAACGCUGCCCCCGCCCCUCGCCCCUCAGGAGAGGGUGUCCCGCACCGUACCAAUGGCAACCUGGCCCCCCUGUCUGUAGAGGAUGACGCAAUGGCCUCCAUUCCUUUUAUAGAUGAGCCGACGAGCCCCAGCGCUGACCUCCGUGCCCGCCACGUGCCCGCCUCCUCCGUGGUGUCCAGUGGCAUGAGCUCAGCUCCCGCCAUCGUCACCAGCCCCGCCUCCCCCACCUUCACCUUCCCUCUAACCAGGCUCUUCUCACACGACUGCAGCAGUAUUAAAUCCAGUCGUCGUUCCUCCUAUCUUCUAGCCAUCACCACGGAGCGCUCCAAGUCAUGUGACGAGGGACUCAACACCUUCAGAGAGGAGGGCCGCGUCUUCUCGAGACUGCCAAAGAGAGUGAAGAGUUUCUUCAUUGAGGGGUCUCUGGACAGUCUGGGGGCAGCGGAGGAGGUACGCUCCAAACGCCACUCCACCUCAGAGCUGGGCAGUAUCAGCUACAGUGACAUAUGGAGAGAGGGAUGGCUGCACUACAAACAGAUCCUCACGGAGAAGGGCAAGAAGGUGGGCAGCGGCAUGCGUCCGUGGAGGCGGGUCUUCUCGGUGUUGCGCUCCCAUUCGCUCUUCCUUUACAAGGACAAGCGGGAGGCGGUCCUGCGGGGCGCCACUCUGGGAGGCGAUGCUGACGAGGAGCAGCCAAUCAGCAUCCGGGGCUGCCUGGUGGACAUAGCGUACAGCGAGACCAAGCGUAAGCACGUGCUGCGUCUGACCACUCAGGACUUUUGUGAGUACCUGCUGCAGGCCGAGGACAGAGAGGACAUGCUGGACUGGAUCAAGGUCAUCAGCGAGAACAGCAAGACCGACAAUGAGGAGCUGGGAUUCUCAAGGCAGGCUCUGAUCAGUAAGAAGCUCAAUGACUACAGGAAACAGAGUCCAACAGGCAACAAGCCGGACUCCUCUCCCAGGGUGUCCCGUGCCAAGCCUUCCUUCCUGCAGGCCAAGAUGGAGAACGCUGCCGGGGCGCCGCGCUCACCCAAACCUGAGUGCAAAGAUGAGAGCAGCGCCCCUAAGUCGCCAUGGGGGAUCAACAUCAUGAAGAAGUCCAAGAAGUCAGGGCCCAAGGCUUUUGGAGUGCGGCUAGAGGACUGCCAGCCAGCUGCCAACAACAAGUUCAUCCCUAUGAUCGUGGAGAUCUGCUGCGGGCUGGUGGAGGAGAUGGGUCUGGAGUACACCGGCAUCUACAGGGUCCCAGGGAACAACGCAGUGGUGUCCAGCCUUCAGGACCAGCUCAACAAGGGGUCGGACAUCAACCCUGCAGAGGAGAAAUGGCAGGACCUGAACGUGAUCAGCAGCUUGCUCAAGUCUUUCUUCAGGAAACUUCCGGAGCCUCUCUUCACUGAUGAUAAGUACAAUGACUUCAUCGACGCUAACCGGAUGGAGAAUGCCGGGGACCGGCUAAAGACCAUGAAAAAACUGAUCCGUGACUUACCAGACCAUUACUACCACACUCUCAAGUUCCUGGUUGGCCAUCUGAAGACGGUAGCUGACCACUGUGAGAAAAACAAGAUGGAACCUCGUAACUUGGCCUUGGUGUUCGGGCCCACGCUGGUGCGGACGUCUGAAGACAACAUGACAGACAUGGUGACUCACAUGCCUGACCGCUACAAGAUAGUAGAGACGCUCAUCCAACAUUAUCUCUGGUUUUUCAGUGAGGACCUGGACAAGGAUGAGAAGACUCCAGUAGACACGAAGGACCUGGUGCCUGCCCCCAAUAUUGAUCACUUGCUCUCCAACAUUGGCAGGACCGCUCUGCUAGGGGAGGCGUCAGACUCAACCAACAGUGACUCAGCUAAAUCUAAGGGGUCGUGGGGGUCAAAGCGAGACCUCACUGCCAAGGACUUUCUGACCCUGUCCAUCAUGUCCGCCGUCACCGGACGCAAGCGCAGGAAUCGCCACAAUGGCCGCCUCGUGGGCAGCAGCACGGACGACGACUCGGAGCACGAGCCAAUCAAAGUCAGCCACCUGGGGGCGGAGGAGGGAGAAGAGGCGGGGCUGGUGGUGGCAGGAACAGACACCGCCCCACGAGCAGAGGGAGAGGAGGAGGAAGAUGAGGAGGAGGAAGAAGAAGAGUCUGUAGUAGAGAGAGUGAGAGAGAAGGUAGAGGAGGUGAAAGCUCCCAGCAUGCCAUGCGGUAGUGAGAAAGAGAAAGCAGGGCAGACGGUGAUGCUGCUCCCUGAGGAAGAGGCGGUGACAGCGGAGGUGAAAGGCAGGGUGUGGCGGGGGCCAGAGGACGCUCGCUCUAUCGUCUCCGGUUACUCCACCCUCUCCACACUGGGGCGGAGCCUGGCGUCUGAGGGCCGGUGCGAUGAAGCUGACGAUGAGCGCAGCGAACUGGUGAGUGAGACGGACAAUGAGAGCGGAUUCGCCUCGCGCUCCCUUACCCAGGAGAGACCUGAGAAACACCCCCCUGCAUCCUUUACACCCACCCUCACACCCCCUACCCCCACACAGCCCCCCACAGCAGCACAACGAAGCUUCCUCUACACACACUACAAACCCCACCCUGUCUCCCCCACGACCCAGCAAACCACCCCCACCCCCUCCACACAUACUCAGGACCCUGGGGAGAGGAGCGAGGGUGGGGCGCGAUCCACCACCCCCUCGUCCUCCUCCUCCACCACCCACAGACUGCACACCCGACCCUCCUUCAACUCCCACAAGCUGAUCCAGUGUGACACGCUAGCCAGGAAGAAGCUAAAGGACAGAGGGAAGACCAAGGCUCAUUCUCUGGACCUGCUGGACCUCCCUGGGCCUUCAGGAGAGGAGGGAGCUGGGGCACCAGGGGCCCAGAGGAACCGAUCCAGGACCAACCCUUCCUCAGGGAGCAGCCAGGAGAGCCUACGUCCACCCCGGCCCAAAGAAGCCCUGCCCCCCAGCGAGGCUGCCUCUUUCACCCCCAGCGGGACAGGGCAGGGUCAGGGGCGAGGGUCUCUGGCUGACCAGGUGCGUGCACGCCUGCUGGGCUCGGCUGAUGACCUGCGUAUCGUGGGGCUGAGGAAGCCACUCUCCCCGGAGACGAGGAGGAAGAGACGGGCUUGGAGAAGACACACUGUGGUGGUCUCACCUACCGAGUCGGGCGACAAGAGGCCUGCGCUAGCCACCAACAAGGUCCCCAUGUCGCUGGCCACUUCCAACCAGGGCAAACCACAGGGAUCACCCCUCGACCACCAGGAGCUUGACCCAAGACACCCUCUUCCCCUGGGCCAGAAUCCCCCCGUCACACGCCGAGCACCCGCCUCCAGGUUCCAUCAGUACCUGUAAGUAUGGACAAAGACUGAUAGGCCUGUAAGUUACAAGGCCCCUGGCCUCCCUCUCAAAGUCUCCCUCCCCUGAGCUGCUGAGCCAGGGCUGCUGUGUUAGAAGGUCAGAUAGUGCUGACCCCGAGUCAGUUGCAUGAUGGCAGUGGAUAGUGGACAGCAGAGCCACAGACAGACACAAGGGGUCUUGUGACAGGUCUGAGAACAGUUUCUGGCCUCCAGUCUACUCCGUUUGCAUGGCAAGGGGCAUCCCAGUAUUUGCCAAAGCUUAUUUUGUUUGUGUUUUAAAUAAAAAAUAAAAUAAUGCAAAACUGCAA